AACAAACCCCCUUAAACAAACAAACAAACAAUUUCUUUCUUUCUUUCGUUCGUUCUUUCCCCUUUCAUCUACAAUCGAAUCGAAUAUACAGAUUUAUACAUACAUAAUAAAUAAAUAAAUCCACCUAUUCUUCUUCUUCUUGUAGUAAUCAAUCAUCCGGAAACCGCCUCUGAUUCUUCAUCCAGAGGUGAUUGCUUCCACCAUGGUUGAGACAAGGCGUGGCUCAUCUUCAUCCAAACGCCCACUCUCCUCUUCUUCGCUACCACCUACAACCAAGAGGUCCAAGACUUCUUCUUCUUCCAAGAAGAAAGCCUCUACAAAAUGCUUACCGCCGGAGCCACUUGUCAAGGAAUCAGCUCAACAACAGGACCUUCCAUCCGCUGAUCAGCUUAAGAAAGAUGUAGUAGAUGUUAUGGAUGAUCAGUCUCCGGCGGAUGUCAAACCUUUGCUCUCUCUGAUGCCACUAGUUGCAGGGGAUUCUGUGGGCGAAGCAGAGACGAAUAAGGCCAACGGUGGUGGUUCGGUGGGCUUCAAUCGUCCAAAGAAACCUAAUGCAUGGGGGAAGCUUAUUUCCCAAUCCUCUGAGAUUCCUCAUGUUGCUAUGGACCAUCCUGUAUUCACCGUUGGUCAAGACCGUCAAUGUGACUUGUGUAUUAGCGAUCCAUCCAUCAGUAAAUCAUUCUGUAGCAUUCGGUACAUAGAGUCAGUGCGAGGAGCUUCAUCUACUGCGUUGCUUGAAAUCACGGGUAGCAAAGGUGUCGUCAAAGUCAAUAGCAAGAUUUAUCAUACAAGGUCAACUGUCCCACUAAAAUCAGGAGAUGAAGUAAUCUUCAGCUCGUCUGGAAAGCAUGCUUAUAUAUUUCAGAAACUGUCAAAGGACGCUGUCACUACAAACAUGACACCUUCAUGUAGUAUAUUACAACCACAUAACAGUUUACUAAAACAACUGCAAUUUGAGGCAAGAUCUAGAGACCCGUCUGCUGUUGCAGGAGCAUCAAUACUAGCAUCUUUGUCAAACGCCCAGAAAGAAAUAUCACUUCUACCUGUUGACAUGAAGGAUGGUUCUAGUCCUAAUGAUAGGCAAAAGGGUCCAUUUAAUGAGAGAGCUGUUAUACAUGAUGCAAAAGCUCAUGAGUUACGACCAUUACUGCGGAUGCUUGCUUCAAAGUCGGAAAUAUCAAAGCUUCUUGAUGAACAAAGGGAAAUAAGAGAACUUCGUAAGGAUAUUAAUCUUCCUAUUUCAUUAUCAGCGCGGCAUCAAGCAUAUAAAGAUGCCUUAAAACAACGUAUUCUUGAUCCUAAUAUGAUUGACGUUUCAUUCGACAGUUUUCCGUAUUACUUAAGUGAAACCACAAAAAGUUUACUGAUUGCUUCGAUGUAUAUACAUUUGAAGUGUAACGAGUUCGUGAAGUACUCCUCAAGUCUGCCUACUUUAUCCUCUAGAAUACUGCUAUCUGGUCCAGCAGGUUCAGAAAUAUAUCAAGAAACAUUGGCAAAGGCUCUUGCAAAACAUUUUGGUGCUCAUUUGCUCUUGGUUGAUUCUCUUUUAUUACCUGGUGGAUCAACAUCUAAAGUAACCGGCACCUCACUGAAGGAGAGUACAAGGGCUGAAAGGGCAUACAUUUUUACAAAAAGGGUUACACCUGCAGUUGGUAUGCGUUCAAGAAAACCAACAUCAAGUGUUGAGGCUGACAUAGUAGGUGGUGGGUCAAUCACAUGCUCUCAUGCUCAACCAAAACAGGAAGCAUCCACUGCAUCAUCAAAACGUUAUACUUUCAAAGAGGGUGAUAGAGUUAAAUAUGUGGGAUCUUUGCACUCUGCAUUUUCUCCUCUGCUACCUGCCAUAAGUGGUCCAGUAUACGGUUAUAAGGGAAAAGUGUUGCUUGCAUUUGGUGAAAAUUGGUCUUCCAAGAUUGGGGUUAGAUUCGAUAAACAAAUUUCAGGAGGCAAUGAUCUUGGUGGUAUCUGUGAAAAAGACCAUGGUUUUUUCUGUUCUGCUGAUUUACUUCGUCUAGAUUCUUCUAGCUCAGAUGACAUUGAAAAGCUUGCUAUUAGUCAACUUUUUGAGGUUGCUCUUAAAGAAAGUAAAAUCAGUCCUUUGAUUUUGUUUAUAAAAGAUAUUGAGAGGUCAAUGCUAGGGAACCCAGAAACCUAUGCUUCUUUUAAAAGGGAGUUUGAGAAAUUGCCUUCGAAUGUGGUUGUCAUUGCUUCUCAUGCUCAGACAGACAACCGCAAAGAAAAAUCUCAUCCUGGUGGAUUACUCUUUACAAAGUUCAGGAGCCAUCAUACGUCAUUGCUCGACUUGGCCUUCCAGGAUAAUUUUGGUAGACUACAUGAUAGAACCAAAGAGACACCUAAAGCCAUGAAGCAACUAUCCCGCCUUUUUCCUAACAAAGUGACAAUACAGACACCUCAGGAUGAAGCAUUACUUUCAGAUUGGAAGCAACAGCUAGACCGGGAUACAGAGACCUUGAAAUUACAGUCAAAUAUUGUCAGCAUUCGUACAGUUCUGAAUCGAGUUGGUCUUGGUUGCUCUGAUCUAGAAAAAACCUGCAUAAAAGAUCAAGCCUUGACAAAUGAAAAUGCUGAAAAAGUUGUUGGGUGGGCUCUUAGUCAUCACUUUAUGAAGAGUUCUGAACCUUUUGCCAAAGAUGGCAAACUCGUGAUCGAUAGUGAAAGCAUCAAAUAUGGGCUCGAUAUAUUGCAUGGUAUUCAGAAUGAGAGUAAAAGCGCAACGAAGACACUUAAGGAUGUAGUUACUGAAAAUGAGUUUGAGAAGAGAAUUCUAGCCGAAGUUAUUCCACCGAGUGAAAUUGGCGUCACUUUUAAUGAUAUUGGAGCUUUAGAAUCAGUAAAGGAUACCUUAAAAGAAUUGGUGAUGCUGCCUCUUCAGAGGCCUGAGUUAUUUUGUAAAGGACAGUUAACAAAGCCUUGCAAAGGAAUUUUGCUUUUUGGGCCACCUGGUACGGGUAAGACGAUGCUUGCAAAAGCUGUUGCAACUGAGGCAGGUGCUAAUUUUAUCAACAUUUCAAUGUCAAGCAUUUCUUCAAAGUGGUUUGGUGAAGGAGAGAAGUAUGUGAAAGCAGUUUUUUCUCUUGCUAGUAAAAUCGCUCCUAGUGUUGUGUUUGUUGAUGAGGUUGACAGCAUGUUGGGAAGACGUGAAAAGCCUGGUGAGCAUGAAGCAAUGCGUAAAAUGAAAAAUGAAUUUAUGGUGAAUUGGGAUGGUUUGCGUACAAAGGAUAGAGAACGGGUACUUGUACUUGGUGCAACUAACAGGCCUUUUGAUCUUGAUGAAGCUGUAAUUAGGAGAUUACCUCGAAGGUUGAUGGUGAAUUUACCAGAUGCCUCAAACAGGGAAAAGAUUUUAAAAGUGAUAUUAGCAAAAGAGGAAUUGGGACCAGAUAUUGAUCUUGAAGCAGUGGCUAAUAUGACAGAUGGCUACUCAGGAAGUGAUUUGAAGAAUCUGUGUGUGGCAGCUGCACAUUUUCCAAUAAGAGAAAUUCUGUACAAGGAAAAGAAGGAGAAGGCUACAGCAUUGGCAGAAAAUAGGCCAUUGCCUUCUUUGCAUAGCAGUGCAGAUGUCCGCCCUUUAAGUUUUGAUGAUUUCAAGAAGGCACACGAACAGGUGUGUGCGAGUGUAUCUUCAGAGUCGGCAAAUAUGAAUGAAUUGUUGCAAUGGAAUGAAUUAUAUGGAGAAGGUGGUUCCAGGAAGAAGAAACCUCUGAGCUACUUCAUGUGAUUGAUGGUAUCAAAAUCUGAAGUUUCUUGUUCUUCCCUUAUAAUCAAUCAUUAGGUUUCUCUUUAUGUAUAGCAGCAGAUUAAUUAACUAACUUAACUUAUUAGUCAUUAUCGUGUUCAAUGUUUAAUGGUUUACAUAAAUCAACUUGCAAGGUCAGCUUUAGAACUCCCAUUCAACGACAUUUGAUCUGGUAA